CUCAUCCUCUCAUAGUAUCUUUGUGAAGUAAGAAAGAAGAUAAGAAAAGAGAAGAAGCAAUGACCGGAAGAAAGGGUCGGAGAUUGUUGCUUAUUCCUUUGCCAGUCCAAGGCCACAUAAACCCAAUGCUUCAACUCGCAGAAAUCCUUCACUCAAAGGGUUUUUCUAUCACCAUCAUCCACACCACUUUCAAUUCCCCAGACCCUUCCAACUACCCUCACUUCACCUUCUCCUUUUUCCAAGACGGUUUGUCUCAGACUCAACCCUCCGAUCUCUUAAAUUUCCUCGUCGAACUCAACGUCAAAUGUGUCCACCCUUUCAAAGACUGCGUCACAAAGCUACUACGGACUGAUCAAGCGGCGGAGGAACCUGUCGCGUGUUUGAUUUCAGAUGCUAUUUGUUACUUCACUCAAGCUGUUGCCGACAACCUUCAGCUUCCUAGGAUUGUACUGCGAACCAGUGGCAUCUCUUCCUACGUUGCUUUCCUCGCCUAUCCUUUGUUCAGACAAAGAGGCUACAUUCCCACACAAGAUUGCAUAUUGGAGGAGGAAGUGGAAGAACUGGCACCACUGAGAGUGAAAGACCUACCUCUGAUUAAGACGGAGGAGCCAGAAAAGUACUACGAAUUAUUGAGCAAUUUCUUGAAAGAGACAAAGGGUUCGUUGGGAGUGAUUUGGAACUCCUUCGAAGGGUUGGAGACACCUGCAUUGACAAAACUGAGCAAGGAGUUUUCCAUACCAAUCUUCCCAAUAGGACCCUUUCACAAGUACUUUUCUUCAUCCUCUUCCUCUAGCAGCUUGAUACUCAGGUCUACUCUGUUGAACAAAUUUAAGAAGUAAAAAAACCAGGGUCAGAUCAGUGGGAUUAUACAUGGAUUGUUGUAUUUUAGCAUUCUGGGAGUUUGUUUGUAGGAGAUUGUUGGGAUUAACUAUUGGCAAUGAGUGAAACACUACUAAUAAUGUCAAAAGAGAUGUCUUAACUCUUACGCUGACUUCGGCUGUGCAG